GCUCAAGUUGAAGUUGACCUCUACGAGGUCCUAGAGAUCCAAAGAGGGGCAAGCAAAGAUGAAAUUCGCUCCGCUUACCGCAAGGCUGCCCUCUCUAGCCACCCCGACAAAGUCCCCGAAGAUGAGCGCCCCACUGCCGAGAUCAAGUUCAAGGCCGUUCAAGAGGCAUACGAAAUCCUGUAUGAUGACCAGAAGCGCCACAUUUACGAUACCCAUGGCAUGUCCGCUUUCAACGGCUCCGGUGACCCUGGUAUGGGUGGCGGUAUGCCUGGCGAUGUUGACCUUGAUGACCUUCUGGCACAGAUGUUCGGUGGCAUGGGCGGCAUGGGGGGGUGGAGGCAUGCCUGGUAUGGGCGGUAUGCCCGGGAUGGGAGGUAUGGGAGCCUAGAGAUGCUUUACAAGGGAAAGACCGUCAAAUUCGCCAGCACCAAGAACGUUGUCUGCAGUCUUUGCAAGGGUAAAGGUGGCAAGGAGAAGGCCAAGGCCAAGGAGUGCUCCACCUGCGAGGGUCACGGAGUCAGAGAAGUUAUCAUGCAACAGGGCGGUUUCCUUACGAAGUCGGCCCAGCCCUGUACCACAUGUAACGGACAGGGUCGCUUCUUCAGCCCCAAGGAUAAGUGCAAGAAGUGCAAGGGCAACAAGACCACCGAGGAGAAGAAGAUUCUUGAGAUGUACAUUCCUCCUGGUUCUCGUGAGGGAGACAAGAUUGUGCUGGAGGGCGAGGCAGACCAAGUACCUGACCAAGAGCCCGGUGACAUUAUCUUCCGCCUGGUGCAGGAGGAGCACGAAGUUUUUGACCGCGCUGGUUCCGACCUUCGCGCUAGCUUCGAUGUGACAGUGGCCGAGGCUUUGACCGGGUUCUCUCGCGUGGUGAUCAAGCACCUUGACGGUCGUGGUAUUGAACUCACACACCCGGCUGGCAAGGUUCUCUCGCCCCUACAGAUUCUCAAGAUUCCGGGCGAGGGCAUGCCCAUCAAGCGCAGCGACUCCAAGGGUGAUCUCUACUUGGUGGUCAACGUCACGUUCCCCGAAGAGAGCUGGAAGCCUACCCCCGAGAUGCUCGAGAAGAUCAAGCAGGUGCUUCCCGGACCCGAGGCCCCCAUCACAGCCGAGACAGUGGACGAGGUUGAGUACGACCCGAAGGGCAACAUGGAGGAGUUUGGUGCCCAGGAUGCGCAGGGCGGUUCUGCCUGGGUUGACGACGAAGAAGAAGAGCCGGCGCAGUGCGCCGCUCAGUAA